UAGAUUUGGGUUCACCACACUUAAAAGGAAAGUCAAGCAUAUUACUAUUAUUCUCUCCUUUCCAAGGCAUAUACCCUCCUCUCCUCUGCUCUGCUUCAUAAAUAGCAAUCUACUUUCCUGUCGGCUACUCCAUUAUUAUUAUUAGUAUUAUACCUCUCACCCAAAUGCACACUUUCCUGUCCUAGAUAGGACUUUCCUUUCCCUGACUGAUCACUGGAAUUUUCCAGUUCCCGUUCACCGGAAAUGACUUCUCGUCGACUAUCGCUCACCUCUUUGCUCUUUCUUUAUCUAGUAGUUUCCUCUCAGUCCCUAGACUUUGAUGAUUUACACAAAAGACACAAACCCAAAAUCAAAGGCCCCAUCAAGACCCUAGUAGUUCUCGUCAUGGAGAAUCGCUCCUUUGACCACGUUCUCGGCUGGCUCAAGUCAACCCGACCCGACAUCGACGGCUUAUCUGGUUCCGAAUCGAAUCGAAUCUCUGCUUCCGACCGUAACUCCGACGAAGUCUUUGUCUCCGACGACGCGGUCUUCAUCGACUCGGACCCUGGCCACUCGUUCCAGGCGAUCCGAGAACAGAUAUUUGGGUCAAACGAUAGUUUCGCUGACCCGGCUCCAAUGAACGGGUUCGUGCAACAAGCGAAGAGCAUGGGUGAAACCAUGUCGAAAACCGUCAUGAGCGGGUUCAAACCGAGUCUUUUACCGGUUUACACCGAGUUAGCGAAUGAGUUCGCCGUUUUUGACCGGUGGUUCGCGUCGGUUCCCGCGUCAACUCAGCCGAACCGGUUCUAUGUCCACUCAGCAACGUCACACGGAGCCAUGAGUAACGUGCGGAAAGACCUUAUCCAUGGAUUCCCUCAAAGAACGAUAUUCGAUUCACUUGACGAUAAUGGCCUCAGUUUCGGGAUAUAUUACCAAAACAUCCCUGCAACCCUGUUUUUCAAAUCGUUGAGGAAAUUAAAGCACUUGUUGAAGUUUCACAGUUACGAACUGAAGUUCAAAUUGCAUGCGAAGCUAGGGAAGUUACCUAAUUAUGUGGUGGUGGAGCAGAGGUACUUUGACGUGGAGUUAUUUCCAGCCAAUGAUGAUCACCCAUCACAUGACGUGGCAAGAGGACAGAGGUUUGUGAAGGAGGUGUAUGAGAUAUUGAGGAGCAGUCCGCAGUGGAAAGAGAUGGCUCUUCUGAUUACUUAUGAUGAGCAUGGUGGAUUUUAUGAUCACGUACCUACGCCCGUCAGAGGGGUACCGAAUCCGGAUGGGAUUAUCGGGCCUGACCCUUAUUAUUUCCAGUUUGACCGCUUGGGUAUUCGGGUUCCGACCUUUUUGAUCUCUCCUUGGAUUGACAAGGGUACUGUGAUACACGAGCCAGAUGGGCCAAGACCAGAUUCACAAUUUGAGCAUUCUUCAAUCCCUGCAACGGUGAAGAAGCUGUUUAACUUGAACUCGAAUUUCUUGACAAGGAGGGAUACAUGGGCUGGUAGUUUUGAGAAUUACUUUUACCUUCGUGACACUCCGCGUGAUGAUUGUCCAGAAACCCUGCCAGACGUGACAACAUCAUUGAGGCCAUGGGGACCAAAAGAAGAUGCAAGCCUCUCUGAGUUUCAAGUUGAGAUGAUCCAGCUUGCAUCACAGCUCAAUGGCGAUCAUGUACUGAAUGCUUACCCGGAUAUUGGCAAAAGCAUGACAGUGGGUGAAGCCAACAGAUAUGCUGAGGAUGCAGUUAGGAGGUUCCUUGAAGCUGGCAGGGCUGCUCUUAGAGCUGGAGCAAAUGAAUCUGCUAUUGUCACAAUGAAACCUUCCCUCACCAGCCGAGUUCCAGCGGGGGAUAAUGGUCGCUACCAGAAAGCCUAUUAAUUCGGUUCAAAAGCACCAUUUUAGAUAUGAAUUUAAAUACAAAUACACAAUUACUGUGUCUGUAAGCAUUUAUCACUGUGUGAUAUAGAAGAAAGCUGAAGUAUAUAGUCUCAGAUGUAUUAUUUCGUGUAAUUAUAGUUUUAGUAGAUGCUCAUGGAACUCUAGUAUUGUUCCUAUCUACAUUUGGUAUUAUAGUUGGUUUUAUAUCAUAAAAGCAUCAAUUUGAUGCGUUUUUAAAUUAGAAAAAAGGGUACUUUGCACACUCAA